CCACCAAUUCGCGCCUCGAAAGGAAGAUGGAUUACUAGGUGCUCCAUACAAUCAAAAAAUGACGGCGGAAAGAUUCUUUCUAACUUACAUAUUAUUUCAACUAUCUUCGUUUCCCAAACUGCCAUGUCUUUUAUGUUGAUAUUUGGGGAACAUAGUGCACGGAAGAAAUUACUUACUUCUGUUAAUGGACCCCAUAUAGAACCCGGUAACAAGCCACGGAAAGCAAUUGGAAUGAGGCGCUGCAUGAAUAUAUGUUGCUUUGAGAAAAAUGGAUUGAAAACCUCGUGGUGUUGCUUAGCAUUGGCAGAAGUAAUCAGACAAUUUAGGUUGAGAAAUAGGCAUUACCUGACCAACUGAAUGGUUCUGCUGCUUAUUCUUGGAUUUUGUAUUGAACUUCAUGUUGGAAAUGCUUUACCUUUUUUCAUUAUCGUUGAAACUUUUUGAUGCUUCAAUUAUCCUUAUUUUUUGGCACCUUGGAUUUUAUUGUUUAAUCUUUUGUUUAGUAUAUCAUAUCGUUAACUAUUUAGCAUCAUAGAACUUUUGAACCUUGACCCUAAAUAAGGUUUUCAAGUUAUUUAGUGUCCACUCGACCAAGCUUUGGUGGUUUUUGUUGUUUAAUAUAAUGGAUGGUUAAAAGGCUCACUUAUAGUGCGCACUGGUAUCUCUUCUCAUCGUGUAUAUAAAAUGGUUUGUGGUUUGUGUGUUACAAACAUGUUUAUAGAUGUUUGUAGUUAGAGUAUGCUAGUAGUGACUCCUGACUUUGAGUUAAGUGGGAUUUUGGUAACCAGUUCACAGAAACAAUAUAACAAUUUCCCCAUU